GAUCGUUUUAUACGCAAAUAAAUAAAUACAGCUGUGCGAUGGCCGAUCUGCCCGAAAAUCUACAAGUUAUUAAACUAGAACCUCCUGGCACACCUGAAAAAGCCAAUAUUAAAGAGCGCUUGAAUUUGCACGUUAAACGGCGUUUGCAGCAGGAUCUACCCGUUUCCAGUCCAGAAACUCCACCUGGGGACACAGCCGCAGCUACGAGCAGCAAACGCAACAAGGCAACUUCAGGACAGUCGAAAGAAGCGCAAAAGCAACGAAAGCCCUAUCAGAAGCGAGUUGAUAAGGUCAAAUCAGACUCCAGUAAAUGCAAAAAAGCACAAACGGCAAGCCCGGCAGCUGAUUUGGAGGCAUACGACGAGCACGUCGAUCACGAAGCAUCGCCAGAAAGAUCAGACACCAAAAAUAUAAGCCGAGAACGUUAUAAAAAUGCUGAUAUACUCAACUUGGUUUUAAGUACAAAGAAGCGAGCGUUAAUGCAAAAUCCAGAGGUACAAACGUUUUGGUCCAAUAUUAUGUCAGCCCUGAAAAAGUGAACCACCCUGAUCUGGCAGCACUGGUUGCAUUUAAGGCGCGCAUUUCCAUCUAAUUUAAAUAUUCAAAAUAGUAAUCGCUGUCAAAC